AUUACACAGCAAAGCAAGCUAGUGAUGAAAACAAAACAUAGCUAGCUAGCUAUGUCCCAAACUCAAUGGUUGAAAUUCUUCACUCUCUUCACACUAUCCCAAAUCACCAACUCAGAUUCUUGGCAAGCAGAAACACCACCUCCAAUUCCCAUUUUGCCCCUCCCAAGCUUCUCCCAGCUCAAAUGGCAACAAAGGGAAGUGAUAAUGUUCCUUCACUUUGGAGUCAACACAUUCACUGACCGUGAGUGGGGCACCGGCCGGGAGAGCCCGGCCAUCUUCAACCCGGCCUCUCUAGACGCCGAUCAGUGGGUGGAGGCGGCGGCGGAAGCCGGGAUCUCUCUCGUCAUACUCACGGCCAAACACCACGACGGAUUCUGCCUCUGGCCGUCCAAAUACACCGACCAUUCCGUCACGGGGAGCCCGUGGAGGAACGGCCGGGGAGACGUUGUCCGUGAGUUUGUUAACGCCGCUAAGGGCCGCGGUGUGGAUGUGGGGUUGUACCUUUCCCCUUGGGAUCGCCAUGAUCAUAGAUAUGGCCGUACCAAGGAAUAUAAUGAAUUCUAUUUGGCUCAAUUACAAGAACUUCUCACCAAUUAUGGAAGUGUGAGAGAAAUAUGGUUUGAUGGAGCGAAAGGUCCAAAUGCACCAAACAUGACAUAUUUGUUCAAUGAUUGGUUUGAAAUGGUGAAUGAGUUGCAAGGUGCGAUUAACAUAUUUUCGGAUGCCGGGCCGAGCGUGAGAUGGGUCGGGAAUGAACAAGGAUAUGCGGGCCCCACCUGUUGGUCCACCAUUAACCGGACGCUACUUUCCAUCGGCAACAGCAGUGUACUUGAUUAUCUCAACACUGGAGAUUCGAAAGGAACAGACUGGUUACCACCAGAAUGUGAUGUGUCACUCAGGCCUGGAUGGUUUUGGCAUAAAUCAGAAGCACCAAAGACACUUACUAAGCUCCUUGAGAUUUACUACAACUCCGUGGGGCGGAAUUGCUUGCUGUUGCUAAAUGUGCCACCUAACACAAAUGGAUUAAUAUCAAACAGUGAUGUCAUCAGACUAAAAGAGUUCAGAACGGCAAUUGAGAGCAUAUUCUCAACAAAUCUAGCUGAAAACUGUUCUUUUAAAGUUAGUAGCCAAAGAGGAGAUGUAAAUAGCAGGUUUGGACCUGAAAAUGUGAUGGACAAAGAUCAUUUAUGGACUUAUUGGGCUCCAACAGACGAAUACAAGGGACACCAUUGGAUCAAACUUAACACGAAAAGGGAAAAGUUCAGAUUCAAUGUGGUGCGGAUCCAAGAAGCGAUUGGAUUGGGGCAGAGGAUUAAGCGACAUGAGAUUUACGUGGAUGAAGUUAGUGUUGUUAAUGGUACCACUGUUGGUUACAAGAGGUUACAUCGGCUUGAAAAGGGAGUUGUGGAAGGGCAAAGCGUGAAGAUCAAGAUAGUUGGGUCACGGGCAACGCCUUUAAUCUCGUCCAUCGGUCUCCAUUAUGACCCAUAUUGGCAUCCAAUUGAGCAGCCUGCCUAACCAAGAAAACAUAGGCUAAUUUUUUAUGUAUCUCAUCUGUUUUCGAGUUCAAGAUAUUAUUUAGACUCUAUUUGGGAAAAUGAAAAGAAUGUGAUUUGGAGAUAAGGAUGUAAGUUUACAGUGGUAGUGUUGAUGUGUGACUAUUCAGAUUAAAUAUAAUGUGCACUUUCUAUAGGUGAUGAGAUUAUUCAAUUCAGUUUAUUAGUUUUUAUAAAUAAAGACUGGACUCAUAAUCUAUAUAGAUAUAUACCUUAAGCACAUUUUACAAAGAUGAAGGGAUUAAUAAAGACUUAGGCAAAUAAACCUCCAAAUAUAUUGUUUGAGUAAAUAUGAUGUAAGGUAACACUUUCUCUCCUCAUCUCAUAACUUAAUGCAUCCAACAAAGGCUUUAUUUCCUGCAACACACCUUCAGGCGAUCCCCUUACACAAAACUCAUGAACAAACCCAUCAAUUUCAAUCAUGCUGAGCCCAGGAGCUUCUUUCUCUAUUCCUUUACUAUUCAUAAGACUUCUCACUUUCUUCACAUGGUCAAACUUACCAGCCUUUCCAUAAACAUCACACAGGUUAACAUAGAAAGCAUGGUUCAAAGGUUGCAUUGUAAUCAAUUGCUUUGCAACCUUCUCUCCCAAUUCAAAAUUCCUAUGAAUUUGACAUCCACCCAGCAGUGCACCCCAAACGAACACAUCGGGUUCCAUUGGCAUACUUCUGAUAAGCCCUACAGCCUCAUCAAACAGUCCAGCCCGACCCAGUAGGUCAACAAAGCAAGCGUAGUGUUGGAUUUGUGGGUCUAGAGAAUAAACACUCUUCAUUGCAUUGAAAAACCAACGGCCUUUCUCUACUAGCCCAGAAUGGGCACAAACAUAUAUCAGUGAAGUGAAGGUCACAUGGUUUGGCUUUACACCCGCUCUUUCCAUCUCUUUGAAAAGGUCAAAAGCUUUUUUGGCAUUUCCAUGGAGGGCGAAGACAGAAACCAUGGAAGUCCAUGCCAGAACGUCCUUCUUUAUCAUUUUUCUGAAUAUUUGGAACGCUCUGUCAACAUACCCACAUUUCCCAUACAUGUCCACUAAAGCUGUAGCAAUUACUGUAUCAUAUUCGAUCCUCUUUCUUAUUAAGAAACUAUGGAUCCACCUCCCGUGAUCAAUAGCUCCAAGAGACGCGCAGGCUGAAACAACAUUAGCGAUUGUGAUUUUAUCUGGGCUGAUUUUAUCACCAUCUUCACCAGAAAUCUGCAUUUCAUGGAACAAUUCGAGAGCCUCCUUUUCUCUACUGCCCUGAACAAACCCAGUGAUCAUGGAAUUCCAAGUGAUGAUAUUCUUCUUCUUCAUGCUCCUGAAAAGCUCCAUUGCGAAAUCAAGCUCUCUGUUUCUCAAACACCCUACAAUCAUAGAAUUCCAUGACACUAUAUCUCUAUAAGGCAUUUCGUCGAACACCUUUAGAGCACUGUUAAUCAACCCACUUCCGUAAUACAGACUAAUCAGUGUGUUUUGAGUGAUAACAUCACAUUGAAACCCGAACUUCAAAACAUGCCCAUGGAUGCUUUGACCCGCAAACCUUUCACCAACCCUGUUAACGCAUUCUUUCAACACGAAGGGCAAGGUAAUAAAGUCCGGUGAAAACCCAUCAAAUAACAAUCUUUUGUACAGCGCUAGUGCUUUGCAAGAAGCUGGGUCACUGCUCUUGGAAGCGUGAGCUCUGAUCAUGGCAUUGUAAGUAAACAGACUUGGGCUAAAGAUGAGUCUGAAAACAGUGUCGGCAUAGCUAAGAGAGCCUGAGUUCGAGACAGUGCAGAAGAAUAUGAGGCGUGAAAUGAGGUAACAACGAUCGGUUGUUAACAGGAAAGGGGAAGUUAUGAUCUGGGUAUGAAUCGGUUUUAGUUCGUUCAUGUUCCUGCAAUUGUCUAGCAACCUUGUCAGUGUGUUCCUGAGAUAUAGCCGUUUGGAUUCCAUCGUUUUCCGGCAGGUAAUGCGAACUAGUGACUACUGGGAGGAUUCUGUGUGUGCCAAUAUCCAUCCAGAGCACGUUGGAAGCAAACUGAAGGAGCUGGAGAAAGCAGAACUUCAAAUAGAAGAGGACGAACCGACGAAGUGAGGAUGGGUUAAUUCGUUUGAAGAACUUUC